GCGCUGCAGAUGCUGGAUGGCAGGAUUGUCAGACCAGCUUUGCUAUUUAGUAUCCACUACUGUCAUCUGUCUGCUAUUGCCAUAAAGAAUGUGCCUCUGACAAGAAGGUCUGAGUUGCAUUUUCUGGGACUGCUUGGAAGGGAAAUCAGGUAAUUACUUACUGAAUUGUCCUUCUGUUUGUGGGCCUAUAACUUGACAGAUUCUCUUGUUCCUAUGCUGACUCUCGUUAGUGGUAGGCUGUUAAUUACAAGAUGUGAUAACUCCUGCUCUUUUCAAGCUCUUUAGCAGCGGAAGCUUUAACACCAGGCUGGCCUUUAUGCUCGUGACUGCGGGUCAGUCACAUAGGUGUAUAUCCUGGAGGACCAAACUUCAAAAAGCAGACUAUUUUCCUUUUUUAUCCCUUAAAUUAAACUUUCUGUGCAGUGAGUAUACUCUAAAUGAGCAUGUAGAACCUUUCAUGUAAAAUAAACUUAAUCCUACUGGACACGAUGUGGGGUUUGUUCAUAACAUUUUGACACCAAAACUUGAAAUUUGAGACGUGAAAGUAAAUAUUGAGCCAAUGGAGUUUGUGUAGAACACUUGUAUGAAGGCUGUUUGUUGCCUUUUCUUUUUUGCUGUUCUCACUACUAUCCAUAAGCAGAAUAUAUUAAAUCUCAUGCAAUGCAGCCACCCUAAAUUUAGAUCAAUCAAUCCUUUAUAUCAGAAAGCAGUAUCCUUUAUUUAAUCUGCAAAGAUGUGUGUGUAUGUGUUGUCUCAACUAAGUUGUGCACAAGAAAACCUGGGAAUUUCACUGCACAUUUUUGCAACGUAACAAAUGAGCAUAGUCUCCAGCUGUGUUCUUAGGGCUGCCUCACAACUUCAGUGGUGCACUUCACUCUGAUGCGUGUGUACAAGCAUUGUCUGUAGAUACACGCUUAUGUGUCGGGUUAUUUAAUACCUAGAUAAUCACAUGAAGUCCCAGACAGCAGAUGCAAUUCUUUAUGCUCUGUUUGCCUUAUGGACAACUUAAGCAUAAUUUUUAGGUAACAUAGUAUCAAUGCAAUUUUUUUUAACGAUCUUAACAGCCAUGGCGUUGUGCUAAUCUGCUGUUUGAAUGUAUUUAGGAAAUGAAUUGGCCUUUUUCCAAGCUGGUUAAGAUCAGCAAAACCGUGUAAAAAAAAUUCUGUAAACUAUGGUAAAAUUAACCUCCUGGCUUGUUAAAUAUUAACAAGGUAUUUCAAAUAUCUAUCAUUUUGCAUCAAAUGUAUAAUAAUACAUCAAAUCUGGAUGAUUCUUGCUGCAAAGCUAACAGCAUUUUAGAAUUGUCCAAUGGACUCUUUAUUUCCAAGCAGAAGAGUGUUGCAAUACAGUUCUUGCUUCAUGUGUUGUCUAAUUAUUGCUAGGAAGAGCAGACUCUGCACAUUUAAAGAGUGCAUUUCAUCUGAAUAAUAAGAAACUUAGGAACAGCACCUGUAAGCAGUAAUUUCUAAUAUGUUGGUUUUUAAGUAGCUGUCUAUGAAAUUAUGAUAUUCUCCCUAAUCUGCAGUAUUUAACAGCAGUAGAUGUUUUAGUAGAUCUUAGAGAAAGUAAAAUUCCCAGUGUACAGGUGGGACACUGUAAGAUAUGGCCAUGUAGAGUAUAUACUUUAGACAUAGUUUUUUCUAAGGAUUUGUCUUUUGCAGCCUGCAUGACAGGCACUGUAUAUAGUGUGAUUAGCUGUAAUGUAAAGCUACCUAAAGCUUAACGGCAUAAUCACUGUCUCGGUCUAUGCUGCUGGAAAAAUAUCUGACACUUAUUUCAAAUCUCCAGUGGUAUUUUCCAUCCUAGCCACAAAAAUCUCCGUGACAAAUUUUGCAGGAUGGCUUCCUGUAUACAAAAAAAAAUUCUUCCCUGUAGCUUUGCAGAUCCAUUUGCUGCAUUCCCAACUCUCAUCUGCCUGGGAAGCAGUAUCAGUCUAUUUAUGCUAAAGGACUUACCUGACCCACAGGUUGCAUUACUCCUUUUGGGAGCUCCAGAGUUUUAAUGGUUCAGGGAGUAGGUAUGUCGCUUCUGAUCCUGCAGCCCCAUUCCCCAGUCAUCUUAGGUACGCUAGGAUGUUCUGUAUAACUGCACACAGUUAAAGCCUUUUUUUCAGGUCAGGUGCAAUACGUAUGUUUGGAUGUUGCUCAUCAGCAAAAAUGAAUAUGCCCUUAAGUUGCAUGAAAUGUAUUGAGGGCUUAGUCCUACCAGACACUGGCAGGCUUUUGGUGUUCCAGGUCCUCUGUAACUUGCAGGAUUCAGGCCUCAGUAAUACGAGGUACGAUGUCUCGAGUACUCUGAAGAUCUGGAUUUCCAUAUUGAGUUCUGACACCAAGUGUUAAUUAAUCUUCUGCUCAGUAAUAUCAGGAAACUUCCUUUUUUGAUGCAGUGAAUCUAACUAGGAUAGCAGACAGUAGGGCUCUGUUAUGGGUUAACAUCAUGUGCUCUGUACCAGGUCAUGGAAAGCUUCGAUUCUUGUUUGUUUCUCCGUAGGUAUGAAAUAUAAUGGCUCUUAAUCAAUAGGGUGUAAAGCAGUAGACUCCUAACACAGUAUAAAAUCACCUUUCAUGUGGAUUUUUAGUAACUUACUAAGAUAGCCCAUUGAAAGAUUUCUAUCAUUUUUCCUAGCCAGGAUUAGAUCACAUGUUCAAAAAAUGUCUUGGAAUGACAAAUGUCAAGGAGCUCAGCAUGUAUUUUAAUCCCUCUUGUUUUCAAAAGUGUAAUUUACUUACGUUGCAUGUUAAUUAAAAUGCUGUCUGUGGUGUCUCCUUAAUGGUCUGUAUUGUUUUGAUUGUUCAUAAGUUUAAUAUUUUAUGUUGAUGUCAGUACAGUGUAUAUAAACUUACAUUUUUGGAUUGUUAUACUGAAUCAUGCCACUGAAUUAUGCUGCAUAGGCUGGAACUUGUUCCUGUAAAUUUGGGUGAAUGCAUUAGAUGGUAGAAGUCUUUUUUUGCUUUCACAACCUGUACACGUUACAGUCUGAACACAUAUUUUAAUUAUUCAUUAGUACGUUGUAGACUUCAGCCUCCUUACCAACUAAUCCAGGAAGUUGCUGAAAUGGGUGGCAGUCUUUCUGCUGGCUUCAGAAGCUUUGGAUUGUACAGUAUUAGUAGUGUAUUCUUCACUCUGUGGGGCUUUAUACUUUGUCUGUUUAUGUACUGAGCUGAAAUAGUAGAGAAAAUGCAACCAGACCUUCCAGCUGCUGUCAGUAAAUAGAAAAGGGAGUUUCUCCUGUUUUGCAUAUGGCAUCAGUACACACGUGUUGUCCAAAUCAUUAGACUUCUCCUGGACAGAACAAAAACUUUUCAUCUUUUUCCUUUACUGCUACAAACAAGAACAAGCUUAGGGGUUGGCUGUGAUGUUUCCAGGACUUUGGUGCUUCUCUGCAGCCAUCUUUGUUAAAGUAUGGAUGUUUACUCUGCGUUUUGAUCCUGAAUCUCCAAUGACACAGUGAAUAUAAAAGGACCAUUUGAUGGAAUUACAAAUAACGUGUAAUAGUCCAUGAUGUGAAUGAGCUGACAGAAAAGCUGUUUCCAAUCGUUGAAGCCAUGCAGAAACACUUCAGUGCUGGGUUGGGGACCUACUACAGCGACUCAAUCUUCUUCUUGUCAGUUGCAAUGCAUCGCAUCAUGCCCAAAGAAAUAACACAGAUCAUCCAAGUAGACUUGGACCUGAAGUACAAGGCCAACAUCCAAGACCUGUUUGAUGAGUUUGACAACUUCCCGGAGGGAGCAGUCAUUGGGAUUGCCAGGGAAAUGCAGCCAGUGUACAGACACACAUUCUGGCAGUAUCGCCGUGAGAACCCCCAAACCAAAGUAGGGGACCCACCUCCUGACGGUCUGCCGGGCUUCAACAGCGGUGUCCUGCUCCUGAACUUGGAAGCCAUGAGGCAAUCCAAGCUCUACAACCAGCUGCUGGAGCCUGCCAUGGUGCAGAAGUUGACAGAGAAGUACCACUUCAAGGGCCACCUUGGGGACCAGGAUUUCUUCACCAUGGUGGGGAUGGAGCACCCAGAGCUCUUUCAUGUGCUUGAUUGCACAUGGAACCGGCAGCUUUGCACAUGGUGGAGGGACCAUGGCUACAGCGACGUGUUUGACCAGUACUUCCAGUGCGAGGGUGAGGUAAAAAUUUACCAUGGGAACUGCAACACCCCAAUCCCUGAAGACUAAGGCUCCCACCACCCCCAGGAGCAGUUCUGACUGCAGCAAGCCUUGCAAACCCAUAGUGGCUGCACCAGCAGUCCCUCGUUAAGGGCGGCCAGCCCUGAUCCAUUGCAUCCCAGGGGCAUUCACUAUCCCACUGCCUGUAAACUCAUCCCUCCAGGAGGAAGUGCAGUCCAGUAGUUGGAACAGGACAUCCACGGUCACCAUGCCUGGGGCUCAGCUUCUGGCUCUGCUUGAGGUGAGACCAUGGUGUCUGUCUGUGCCACAGCCACCAGGGCAUGGUGACAGCCAAGGGGCCAUAAGGUGACUGCUACUGUUGCAGGUGGCUGGGUGCUGCUCCCUGGGUGCUGUGCAGCCUUGCCUUCUCUAAUGAUCAGCAGGAGACCAUGGCCAGGCAGUUGGGUUUCAUUUUAGCAUUCCUUGGUGGCCUGUUUCUGCGCCUCAUGCAGAGCAUCUGUCUGGUCCCUCUGGACAGCAGACACUGUCCUCAGGUCAUCUUCCUUUUCAAGCAUUCCAGAAAGACGAGGGGGUUUUAAAGACAGAAAAGCUGCUUUAAAUUGGGUUGCUUACAAACAAAAAUUGAAUGCUAGAUGAGCUUUAAAGCCUCCUGUUUGUUCUUCUUAGCAAUAAAAGCUUUACUCCCCUGUCUUGUCUGAAAAGUGUUCAGUGAGCGUGUACCAAUAGGUUUAUGUUUCUAGUGUUGCCUUUAACCUUUUGUACAAGAAUAAAGCAGCAGAUGUAAGAAACACUCAGCUGUUUUUCUGCAGCACAAUUGAAGUCCUGUGCAGUAGGAGGUUUCAUGCUCUUCUUAUUAUGAUGAAAAAGUAGUUGAUGUGUAUCUGUUGGGCAGUUGAAUGUGGUGCCCCAGGUAGUUUAUCACUGCAAUUAUCCCACACCUGUCCUGAGC